CUCACCGCGCGCCCAUUGCCUAAUAGACGAAUUAAAAGGAAAAAUCUCGUGAUUAAACCCUAGCCGCGACCCAAUGGCGGCGUGCCGGCGAGCCGCAUCCUCCAGCCUCGUCGGCCCACCGGGGGAAUUCCUCCGCGCCGCGGCCGCGAUCCCGGCGGCGUCCGCGCCCACGAAGCCGCCGCCGGCGAAGCGGCUCACGGAGAACUCGUCGCCCACGUUCGCCUCCUCGGGGGACCCCUGCCUCGACUUCUUCUUCCACGUCGUCCCCGGCACGCCGGCCGCGAGGGUCGCCUCCCUCCUCGCCGACGCGUGGGCCGCCGAGCCGAACACGGCGCUCCGCCUCGCGUGCAACCUCCUCGGCGUGCGCGGCACGGGCAAGUCCGACCGGAGGGGGUUCUACGCCGCCGCGCUCUGGAUGCACGAGUGCCACCCGGUCACGCUCGCCCUCAACGCGCCCGCCAUCGUGGAGUUCGGCUACCUCAAGGUCCUCCCCGAGAUCCUCCACCGCAUCGUCGGCGGCGCCGUCUCCGCCAAGAGGCCGGGGAAGAAGGUCGAGACCCGCCUCGUCGGCGCCGCCCAGGGGCUGCUCCGCCUGGACACCAACGAGUGCGCCGCCGCGUUCCAGGAGCUCGAACGGAAGGUCGAACGGAGGUGGCGCGCGGAGGCCGCGGCAAGAGCCGUCGAGAGGUACAGCGGUGACCCGAACUACCGGUUCCUGCACGACUGCACGGCGGACAUGUUCGCCGACCUCCUCGCCAGGGACUUGCGGAGCCUCGCCGACGGCAAGAUCUACGAGAUCUCCCUCGCCGGGAAAUGGUGCCCGUCGCUGAACUGCCGCUACGACCGCUCCACGCUCCUCAGCGAGGCCAUCGCGCGCCGCCUCUUCCCCAAGGGGUCGGCGCUCGAUCUCCCCGAGGACAUGGCGGACGUCCACUACGUCUACCAGGUCCGCAACCGCCUCCGCAAGGCGCUCGCGUCCCUGCGCCGCGCCCUCCAGCUCCCGGAGAUCUUCAUCACGGCUCAGGCGUGGGGGGACGUGGUGUACCCGCGCGUCGCCUCAAGGGCGAUGAGGAGAUACCGGGAGCUCUUCCUCAAGCACGACGCCGAGCACUUCGAGAAGUACCUCGAGGACGUCAAGGCCGGCAAGGCGACGAUCGCGGCGGGCGCCCUGCUCCCUCACGAGAUCCUCGCGUCCGUCGACGGCGACGGCGUCGCCGACCUGCAGUGGGAGCGCAUGGUCAGCGAUCUGCGGGCGCUCGGCAAGCUCAGCAACUGCGUCGCCAUCUGCGACGUGUCGGGGAGCAUGUCCGGCCUGCCCAUGGACGUCUGCGUCGCGCUCGGCCUCCUCGUCUCCGAGCUCAGCGACGAGCCGUGGCACCACCGGCUCAUCACCUUCAGCGCGAAGCCUGAGCUGCAUAAGAUAACUGGCACGACCCUCACGGAGAAGACAGCCUUCAUCCGUCAGAUGCACUGGAUGAUGAACACCGACUUCCAAGCAGUGUUCGACAAGCUCCUCGGCCUCGCGAAAACCUUCAAGCUGCCCCCGGAGCAGAUGGUGAGGAAGGUGUUCGUGUUCAGCGACAUGGAGUUCGACCAGGCGUCAUCGAGGCCGUGGGAGACAGACUACGAGGCGAUCACGAGGAAGUUCGAGGAGGCCGGGUAUGGCGCGGUGGUGCCGGAGAUAGUGUUCUGGAACCUGAGGGACUCCAUGUCCGUGCCUGUGACAGCGAGUCAGAAGGGGGUAGCUAUGGUGAGCGGCUUCUCCAAGAACUUUGUGAAGCUGUUCCUGGACAACGAUGGGGUAAUAUCACCGAGAGCUAUAAUGGAGAAGGCCAUCUCCGGGCCGGAGUACCGGAAGCUCGUUGUCUUUGACUGAUCGGCUGGAGGGUAAAUUAGGUUCGCUCUCUGCUUCAUACACAUGCUGUGUUUCUUCACUGAAAUCCGUAGUUUUUGUGUUUUGCAUUCCACUGAUUUUGGUGCCUCAGGUGCGAAAAACUAAGACGGUUUCGAAAUGCAUUUGAAAUCUUAUCAUUGUAAUUUAUUUAGA